UUCUAUUUCUUCCUCCUACUUUCUUCAUCUUCUUCCCAAAAAUCUCAAAAUUCAGACAUCACUCCAAGAUGUCGUUCACAAUCUCCACAAACUUCCUCCAGCCACUCGAGGUCUCCAACCUCAAAUCAUCAUCCAGAUCAAAGGUCACCACCAGCACCAGUGCUAUCGUCUGUUCUGCAUCUACCGAUGAGAAAAGCAACAACUCAUCGUUGAAAGCCUUAUCGGCAGCACUUGCGCUAUCUUCGAUCCUUGUUUCGUCUACGGUGGCCGUGUUACCGGCGUCUGCUGAUAUUUCUGGACUUACUCCGUGUAAAGAGUCGAAGCAGUUCGCCAAGAGAGAGAAGCAGUCGCUGAAGAAGUUGGAGAGUUCUCUGAAACUUUAUGCUCCGGACAGUGCUCCUGCUCUUGCUAUCAAAGCUACAAUGGAGAAGACGAAACGCAGAUUUGACAACUAUGGAAAGCAAGGAUUGUUGUGUGGAUCAGAUGGGUUGCCACACUUGAUUGUGAGUGGAGACCAAAGACAUUGGGGCGAAUUCAUUACUCCCGGGAUUCUGUUUCUGUACAUAGCUGGAUGGAUCGGGUGGGUCGGAAGGAGUUACUUGAUCGCUAUUCGCGAUGAAAAGAAGCCUACACAGAAAGAGAUCAUCAUCGAUGUUCCUUUGGCUUCUCGGUUGGUGUUCCGUGGCUUCAGUUGGCCCGUUGCUGCUUACCGUGAGUUCUUGAACGGUGAACUCAUUGACCCGACUGUCUAAAUGUGUUUUGGUUUAUGAUACUUUGUUUGGUGUUAAAAUUUAAGGGAUUGUAUCACGAUUUGGAAUGUACAUUUUUCCUAUAUGUUUGGAAUAUCAAAUAGUAGGUUAUUUAGAUUCAA